AAUAAUCUGCUUGUAAACAAGCCCUGCAUGUAGGGCAAACAGUUUUGUUUCUAGUUACACGUUUUUAUACACAUUAAUUUACGUUAUGUGUGAAUUAUUUUCCACUAGUUAAAUAAUUAUUAGACGUUUCCGUUGCGUGGAUAAGUUUAGAUAAUCGUAAAAUAUUUAUUACUAACUAAGGGAACCAUGGAUUCGGCAAACGUUGGAUAUUCGUACCACUUGCCGUCUGGCGGAUGGAAUUAUAAGAUUCGCAAUACUCUAUCCCAGUUCAGUGAUUUGUUUAGUGAAUUUAAUAAAUAUAUUGCGCCUGCAUAUCAUCACGACCGCUGCGAAAGGUCUGUUCAAAUGAGAAUAUAUUCAAUGCACAAAGGGGAGUUUGUGAUGGUUUUUAUAGCAUUUUUUGCUUGCUUUGGUCUGGGUGUGUUCAUAGGAUUAGCAGGGCCGUCUCCGACAAUGACCACGUCAGUCUCGGCGUCGACCCUAUUGAGCAACGCUAGUACCAUAUACGAGGGCCCGUUCCAUCUACACAGCCCAGCGCUGGGCAUCCGCGUUCAGCAGCUGUGGCUGUUCGCUGAGAUACUGACCAACAACGACGAUGAAGAAAUAUUCGAUAAAAGCUUUCAAAUCAGCAUAUCUAUAGAUGGAGUACUGAGCGACCAUAAAACAAUAAAUCUUAUCCCCGAGAGUGAACUUACAAACAGAACUCAACAUCUAAAGUGCAAGAAGCAAGUGUGCGAUGAGGUCAUGGUUCUACAUUUGGGCUCGUUAGAGUACACACACUACGUAUUCAAUAUAAGAUUUUAUGGACUCAAAGAGUUCCACAAGCGUUACUACAUGAGGGAAAUUAAUUUUCAUUUUAAAAGCUACAAUCCAGCAUUCACGCAGAUGGAAACAUGGUUCAGAUUUAUUUUUCUACUAACAACAUUUUCAAUAGCGUGCUGGUUUGCCCAUACGCUAAGGAAAUACUCAACUCAAGACUGGGCUAUAGAACAAAAAUGGCUCUCUAUACUGCUACCUCUGCUUCUGUUGUAUAACGAUCCGUUGUACCCGCUGCGUCUAGUGUCAAGCAGUUGCUUCGCGCCAUUCAUGGACACAGUAUUCCAAACAGCGUUCCUCGCCUGCGUACUGCUCUCCUGGUUGGCGCAGUACCACGGCCUUAGGCAGAAUGAAAGGGGUUUUCUAUCGUUUUACCUGUUCAAAGUAAUAGUAGUGGGAUUGGUGUGGACACCAGCAAUGGUAUUGACAAUAUGGCAGAAAUACUACGCAUUUUACGAUCCUACGUUUAAUUAUAUGAUGAAUCCUAAUUAUCCUGUUGUUAAAAUUAUGUUCUUCAGCGCUAUUAUACUAUAUUUCUUAUAUUUAAUCGUCCUAAUUAUAAAAGCAUACAGUGACCUGAGAAAUAUGCCUUUCUUUGACGUGCGUCUACGCUGCCUAUCGUGCGCUGCCAGUGUAGUAUGCGCAUUAGCGGGUGCCGUGAGUGCGGGGGGGUGGGGUACCGGCCCGUUGCAAGAUCACUGGGCGGCAUCACACACGCACGACACUUCCGCACCCUUCAUGGCCACGUACGGCCUCUACAACUUCAGCGUUUACGCGCUCGCCUAUCUGUACGCGCCCGCCGCUGGAUCGCUGCACGAAACGGCCAUAACCAAAGACAACCCCGCGUUCUCUAUGAUCAACGACUCGGACGAAGACGUCAUCUACGGCUCGGACGAGGAGAGCAGGCGGCCGCUCAACUCGCACCACAGAAUCAACAACGAGGACAUAUGAUUCCAUCGUGAACAAACAUAAAUAAUUAUAUUUUGCUGAAAUUCGUGUUCUUUAUUAUAAAAGUACAUAUAACAACUGUUAAUUUUUUUAACUAUUAGGACCCUAGGCUUAGGACCCAGGCUUUAGGCUCUGCUACUUAGGUACCCGACAGCCAUCAUGUGUGCAAAAGCCAUGACUUUUUUUAUUCAUGCGAGGUGCAACAAAUUAUCCCUCCCCACCUGAUGUUAAGUGUAGGUGCAGUCCACUCGCGAAGAUAGCUGAUGCGGCAGAAAUUGUGCCAGCCACCCUUACCGCCCCAGCCUGAACACCACCAAAAGGUAGUGUUAUUUUACUGGGGUCUUAUGUUUAUGCAGGCAAAUGAGCUGGUUGUCAACCUGAUGGUAAGUGAACACUAUGGACUAGAGAUGGGCGUUUUUAGAUAUU